AUGACUUUACUAGCAUUCGUCUUCCUGCUCACCUUCCUCCCAGCUGAACCAGCAAGCAGCAGAUACCCCCCCAAGGCAGCAAGUAACCAUGUGUUCGGACCACGGCAGGUAUAUGGUCUGGACAACGGGUCCGUUAUGGUGAAAUGCUUUUACCCUCCCACCCACGUGAACAAACACGACAGAAAGUAUUGGUGCAGGGAAUCGUCCACGGGCUGCACGACCAUUGUCUCCACCAACGGCUACACUGCUCCAGGCUACCAAGGCAGAGUCUCCAUCACCGACUACCCACUGGAAAAAAACUUCCAGAUUAACAUGUCCCAGCUUACAAUGGCAGAAGCUGGCACCUACCAGUGCGGAGUUGGUAUCAAUGGCAGAGGGCUCUCCCACAAAGUCAGGCUGGAUGUUUCUAAAGGUCCACAUGUACCCGAGGGAGCUGAGCUCUUCUACGUGAAGCUGCACAGCACCUUGACCAUGUCCUGCAGCUUCGGGCCGGACUUUGCAAGUGCGAGGAAAUACUUGUGCAAGAUGACAAAAAGUGGCUGCCACAACAUCAUCGAUACUUAUAAGAAAGUUGAUGAGGAUUUCUUUGGACGAGUUCUGCUGAGCAAUGAGGACACUCCAGGCUCAUUCAGCAUCGUGAUAACUCAAAUGGGCUGGGAAGACUCCGGCCUGUACAUAUGUGGGGCUGGCACCUAUGGGGAGAGUGGGGAAAUGAAGGAACUGGACGUGCAUGUUUAUGAAGAGACAAAGGUUCCUCAAGGAAAGCCCACAAUAUUUGGAGUAAAAGGAAGUUCAGCAACUUUUGAAUGCUACUACAAGCCUCUAAAAAAGUCCUCAGUGAAGUACUGGUGCAAGUGGAGAGAGAACGGGUGCGCUAAGAUCAUAGACAGCUCCGGGUUUGUGCCAGACUCGUAUGAAGGAAGAGUGGCCAUGUACGACAAUCCAGCUACCAACACCUACACCGUCAUCCUCAACCAGCUGACGGACAGUGACAAGGGCUACUACUGGUGCAUGACAGAUGAGGAGAAGGAGCAGCAAACAUCAGCCGAGCUGAAGAUCAUAGAUGGAGAACCUGGACUGCAGGGAAAGCAGGAGGUGGAGGCACAAGUGGGUUCACGGGUCGAUUUAACCUGCUCUUAUUCAUGCAAGUACUACUCCUACCAGAAGUACUGGUGCAAGUGGAGCAGCACCAGCUGCACCCCCAUGCCUGCUUCUGACCAAAGGCAGUCGCCUUCUGACCAAGGACCCGACGUUACCUGUCACACCGACAACAAGACAGUGAUCCUAAGCUUUGACUCGGUGGCAAAGACAGACCAAGGGUGGUACUGGUGUGGAGUGAAGCACAACGGCACCUUCGGGGAAACCAUGGCAGUGUACCUGCGGGUGACUGGAGCCAUGCUGAGCCCCCGAGCCGCGCCGAGCCCCCGAGCCGCCCUGAUGGUGACUUUAUUCCCCAAGGAAAUCCUUACAGCGACACAGCGGUGCGAAGCGCAGCUGCCUCAGAAAGCUCUGAUGAAAGCCACGGCCCCAACACUUCUUUUAGUUCUGAGCCCUAUUGGUGCUGCGCUCCUGAUCCUCGUGGCAGCUUUCGCCGUUUUUAAAUACAGGCAGCUGAAGAGAUCUGACCUGGUGUCCGUCGGGAGCUACAGGACAAACAUCAGCAUGUCGGACUUCGAAAGCGUGAAGGAGUACAGCGCAAGCAAUAACGCCUGCGUGAAAGAGAGCCAGGAGACUCAGAUGGGAGGGGACGAGUUCAUCACCACCGUGCCCGCCCCAGAAAGCGCUGCCGAGACGAAGAAGGCAAAAAGGAGCUCCAAGGAGGAUGCUGACCUCGCCUACUCCGCCUUCCUCCUCACCUCCAGCAGCAUCACGCAGAGCGGCGCUGGGGGGGACAGCGCAGCCCCGGAGGUGCCCCCCACGAACUGGGAGGGUCAGAUCUGA